AUGCUAAUAAGUAACAGAAAAAGAAGAAAAACGUAUAUAUACAACGACAAAUAUCAAUAUGUCAAUAAAAAAAUAAAAGACAAAUUUAUAUUUAUGUGUUUAAUAGGAAUUGGAGGGUUUUCAUGUGUAUAUAAAAUAAAGAAAAAAGAAAGAAACAAAAAAUAUAUACAUCAUGAUCAUAAUGAAAAAAACAAAAAAUAUAUACAUCAUUAUCAGAAUGAAAAAAAAAAUAUAUAUAUACCUCAUGAUCAUAAUAAAAGAAACAAAAAAAAUAUACCUCAUGAGCAGAAACAAAAUGGUAACAAUAAAUUUUAUGCUUUAAAGAAAAUAAAAUUUUAUGCUAAUCCAAAAAAUUUAAAAGAACAAAUAUUAUUAAAUUUAAGAGAAAUCAAAUAUUUAAACCUACUGAAGAAAUAUAAAAAUAUUGUAUAUCUACAUGAAUACUGGAUAGAAGUUCAUAAACCUUUUUACAAAGAAAAUAAAAAAAUUAAAGUGAAUAAAAAAAAGAAAAAAAUAAAGAAACAAAAACUAUCCUUAUUUAAAGAUACUAUCAAAAUUAUUAAGAAGAAAAAAAAAGACAAGUUAAAAAAAAAAAAAAAAAUCGAAUUCUUUUUUAAAAAUAUUCAAUAUUCUAGUGAUACAGAUGAUAUCAAAAUUAUUUUUGAAGAUGCUGAUCCACAAAAAAUAAAAAAUAAUAAUAACAUAAAAAAUAUAAAACAAAAAAUGCAAAAAGGUUAUAACAACAAUAAUAAAAAGAAUGACAAGAAUUGUGUGAAUAAUAAUAAAAAAUACAACGUUGUUAUCAAUAAAGGUAUAGAAAAAAAAUAUAUAAUAAAUAAAAUAAAUAAAAAAAAAAUCAAUGCGAAGAAAAAGAUAUAUAUAUAUAGACAUAUAUAUAAAAAUAUGUAUGCUCUUUUUAAUAUAAAAAAAAAUUCCUAUUAUACAUAUAAUAAUAAAAACUUUCAAUUAUUAAAAAAAAAUAAUCUUUUUAUAAAUAAAAAUCAAAAUAACCUUUAUCAUUCUUGUUAUUAUUAUUCAUCUUAUACAACAACAAAUAAAUUUAAAUCCUUAAAGGAAAAACAAUUUACAUAUAUCAGUUCCUUCUCUUCUCAAAUAUGUUGUAGCACCACUAGAAGAAAAACUUUCUCUUACAAUCAAAAUGAGAAUUAUCAGGAAAUAAAAGAAUUAAAUAAAUAUUAUAAUUACAACUCUUCAAAAUGUUUAGAUAAACAUAUAUUAAAUAAACCAUCCACGCUUUAUCAAAACAAUAAUAAACAUAACAACAACAAAAAAAAAAAGGAUAACAAUAUUGUAUUAAAUACAUUACAAACAUUUUAUGAUGAUUCAGAUGUAUAUAACUUGGAAAAUGUAGACACCAAAGAAACAAAACAAUAUAAUAAAUAUAAUAAUAUAGAAGAAAUGAAAAAUAAAAAUAAUAAACAAAUAUAUUUUAUAUAUAAUAAUAUAUAUACUAUGCAAAAUAUAAAAUAUACAUCAUACACAUCAGAUAUAUCUACUAUAGAUCAUAUUAAUAUACGCAAUUCUUAUAGCCUAUCAAAUAUUUUUUCUUGUAAAACACAAAAUAAAGAUAAUAAUAUCUUCUGUCAAAGACACACCAAAUUUAUUAACCGACUAUCAAAGAAUAAGAAAAAUAAAUUAUCACAAAAAAAAUAUUAUAUCAAUAAAAAUAAACUCAAGAAAAUAAAAAUCAGGAAAAUGUUUCAGAUGAAAAAAAAAAAAAAAAAAAAAAUUCUCAAAAAUGUAAACAUAAGAAGAAAUAAAAAUAUGUACAUGUAUUUAUCUUAUAUAAAAUUUAUUAUUAGUCACAACUUAUGUAACAAGAUACAUAAGGAAUUUAAACAACUUACAAAUAAUGUAGUUAGACAAAUAAUUCUUCAUAUAUUUAAUUAUAAGACACAUACAAUGAACCAUAUAAUUAAAUAUACAUGUAAUUUUUAUAAAAAGGAGAUAUUUUUAUCUAGUUGUAAAGAGCGAAUUUUUUUUUUUAUAAUAUAUUGUUUUCAUAAAAGUGGUUAUGUUUUUUCAAGAUUGUAUGGACAAGAAAUUAAAAAUAAAAGAAAUAAAAUAAAAAAUAAAAAAAUUCAAAGAAUAAGAAAUAUACAGGUUCAAAAUGUAAAGGCUUAUAAAUAUCGACCAUUCAUAAAUAACAAAGAAUAUUCAACAGAUUCAAAACAAAUGAUAUAUUUUUUAUUAAAUAUAACUUUGAAAAAUUAUAUAGAUUAUAUAUUAAGGGAAAGGUAUUUUUUAUGUUCUCAUUAUCAUCUUUUAAUUCAAAAAAAAUGGUUCAUUUAUAAUACCACAAAUGUUUUAUCAAAUUAUUGUUUGAAUCAAAGAAGUGAUAAUAAUGACCUCAUGUUUAAUAAUAAUUUUAUUCUUACUAAUUAUAUGGAUAGGUAUACAAAUUUUUUCAAAAAAAAACCAUGUAAUGAUAAAAUUAUUUCCUAUGACAUGAAUCAGAAUUUAGAAAAUGAAUAUCUUUCACUUAAAGGUGACAAAAAAAUCAAUAUAACAACAACUUAUUUAUAUAUGAAAAUAAGGAAGAUAUUAGAUAAAUAUUCAAAAAGAAAUGAAGAUAAAAAAAAUAUAUCAAAAAACAAAUAUUCUUACAACAAUAGAAGUUUUGCUUUAUUAUCAUAUAUAAAAAAGAAACAUAAACAUAAUAAGAUAUAUAACCACAUUAAAGAAAAGAAUCGAUAUAAUAAAAAGACAAAAUAUAAAUUUAACUUAUAUAUAAGAAUGGAAUAUUGUAAAAACACACUAGAAAAUUAUAUUAACACAAGAGAAGAUAUUAAUAUUAAUAGAAAUUAUGAAAUAAUAGAAAUGAUCAUAUUAGGUUUAUAUUAUAUUCACAAUAAUAAUAUUAUGCAUAGAGAUUUAAAACCUUCCAAUAUUUUCAUAUCCAAUAACAAUAUUGUUAAGAUAGGGGACUUUGGGUUAGCAUCCUAUGAUUAUACUUAUCUCAAAAAUAAUAUAAGAAAAAAGAGAAAAAGAAAAUCCAAUAACUUGUCAUAUGAAUAUGAUAUACCAAAAAUUAAUAUAUUAAAUUUGAAAAAAAAAAAAAAUACUCCCCCCUUCAAUAUAACUAAUAUAUCUAAUAAUAAUAAUAAUAAUAAUAAAAAUAAUAUUAUUAGGAAAAAAAAAGAAAUUUUAUUUAAAAAUUGCUGUACUAAAAAUAUUAUACACACAAAGGAAAUAAACAGUAACUCCUCAUUUCAAUACUUUAAAAAAAAAAAAAAAAAAAAUCUUCAUUAUCAUCAUACCUUAGGAAUAGGAACUAAAAUAUAUGCAGCUCCAGAACAAUUAUUAGGAAAUAAAUAUACAAAAGCAGUUGAUAUGUUUUCUCUUGGAUUAAUUAUAGUUGAUUUAUUUACUAUAACAAAAACUUACAUGGAAAGAAUGAAAAUUUUAUGUAAUGCUAGACAUCGAAUUUUACCUGACUUGUUAAUAAAAAAAUAUCCACAGGUAGCCAAAUUGUGUAAAAAUUUAUUAUCGCUAGAUUAUCAAUUAAGAUGGACCUCCGAAGAGUUAUAUAAGAAGAAAAAAUAUAUAUAUUGA